GAAAAAUUUUGCAUUUUAUGUUUAAAUUAAAUUCAUUUUGACUAAUAACUAUUUGAAUUAACCACAAUAUUAAAACAAAAUUUACUUGAAUAGAAAUAAAUAACUUUUCAUUAUGAGAGCCAAAUUUAAUUCUACUGAUUUUUAUACUCCAUUGGACACAUUGGUUGAUUGUUUGAUGUUAGAACAAGGACAUCCAAAUGCCAGUAAAAUACUGUGUCACAUUUCGAUAUUUCUUGGAAGUUUUAUGGCUUAUGUAUUCCCAGUGAUUGGAGUCGCUGAUUUGAUUUCCAAUUGUAUUGUUGCUACAAUAUUUCUAUACUAUCUACAACAUAUUAGACAAUUCGUAUAUUUGGGAGUUCUCGCUUUAUCAGACAUUUCAAUCGUUAUCACUAUUGGAUGGUUGCGUUGGUUUCCUACAUUUGGUCUACCAUUCGCAACAGCAGGAAAUACAUAUUACUUCAUUUCAUUAACAUCAACUACUAGCUGCAAAUUGUACGUGUUCUUUCAAUCACUCACCUGUAUUUUUCGUGGAAACAUCUUUCUAAUAAUGGCAUUUGAUCGUUUGCUGUUGAUUCAUAAGCCAUUAUUGUUUAAGAAACAUCCCAAAUAUACUGUCUGGAUAAUAAUCACUACAGUCUUCAUUAUAUCCAUUAUAAUGUCACUACCUAUUUCCAUAUAUAGUGAUUUUAUUCUCGUAACCAAUCGUAAUAUAUGUUGGCAAAAAUUCUAUACUGACUUCCUGGUAAUUUACCAAGCUUUGUUUUCAUACACAAGUCUAACGCAAUUCUUAAUCGUCAUUAUGAUUGAUACAUCUUUUUUAGUGAGUGUGGUACGUUGGUCUCGUAGUCGUCCUCAGCCGAUGGAUACACAAACAUCAAAAAUGACUAGCAAUGGACGUACUAUCACGAUGCUUGCCCUCCAUACUUUUGCAUUUUUAUGUGCAUUACCAUGUGUGAUCUCUUAUCUCCUAUCAAUUACUUUUCAUCGUCCAAAUCAUAAACUCUCAGAGGAAUACGUUCGUUUCAUAUUACUUUUUGUGAAUAUUGGAUGGAAUUUGAUUUUUCUUCAAUCAUCUUUGAAUAUCGUUUUGUAUUGUUUUCGCAUCAAUAAGUUUAAAAGAAUCCUACUUAAACCAUUAACUAAUUAUCGUAACAAAACAUCGACCUUUGGUAAGAGAUCAAUUUAAUUUGGUAGAUAGUUAUGAAUUGAUGAUCUUGGAUACCGUGGUAUCAAACACAUUGACUUCAUUUAAUCCAAGUUUAAGAAAUUUUAUCAUGUAAUUGUUUUUGUAAACUCACCAUGUAUUAUUUUCAGCUAGAUCAUUUUUUCGGUAUAAUAUUGGUUCCAUUUCACUGCACCGUUUGUUUUGUAGAAUAUUCUUUGUAUUCAUUUAAUGUGACAUUCAUCAUAUGUUUUCUAUAGUCAUUUUUAGUAUUUCUCUCUCAAGUGUAGGUAAAAUAGAUUUAUGAAUAAAUGUAUUAUUUGAAA